CCACCCACUACGUUCAAUGACCACUCUAAAGCAAGCAUUGCGCAAAUUAUCUUCUACAUCCCAGCAAUUGCGGUAUCAAUAUACCAUGCCUGUUAUUGCCACACGCGACCGCGCAUGGCCUGGCUGAUCUUGCUCUUUUUCUCUCUCAGUGGGUGGACCCACCUUUCGGUUCGCAACGGCUCGGAGCGCAACCAAGAUCUAACGAUCUGACUGGGCCCAUCAGUUCGAAUCACACGGCGGGAAUCCUGGUGGUUUUGUUUGAGCACCAGCCCAGGACGGGCAUCAUGGUAGGAUCAAUUAUUCUGCUCGACACGGGAGUGUUCCCACUGAUCGCGGCGACUCUGGGAUUGAUCCGCAUUAUCUUGACGAACGAGAAAGAGGUCACUCCCCGAAUCCAUCGUUGCUUGCUGUUCUCUCGUAUGCUGUUCUUCGUGGGACUUGGUCUACAAAUUGCCGGUGGGUGUCUCGAAGGCAGCGACAGGGUCCGUGAUGUGGCGACCGGGGUGAAACUCGUCAAAGCUGGCCACAGCAUGGUGAUGGUUUCUGAACGCUGUCUGUUACUCGUGCAGGGCUGGUUCUGGAUGCACCUCGCGGAGCUGUCGCAGAUGAGCAAGACGGUAAGACCACAUUCUCCAGCGCAGAUACUUAUGUAUCGAAGGGUUCUGGUUCAUUGUAUGGUCCGGUCAACUGACCGCUCCAACUCCCAGCUCCUGCAGGCGAUGGCGCUACCCCUACCAUUCCUCAUUGUGCGCGGUUAGCUACCUCUUCCUUUCGUUGUUCCAUGUGUCCGAUCUCAGAUGGAAUGCUCUGGCCGGUCCGAUCGCUCCAUUUGUUCUCAUGGGGUUAUCGAUGGAGGAUGCCGUGGUUUUGAUCUAUCCUGGCGCAGGAUC